AUAUUCUUCAGAUAUCUGGAGAAGAAGGAUGUGAUAUGUGGUAAUGAUGUGCGACUUGGUACACAACAUGAUGGAGGAUGGAAUGUGUGUAUGUCACCACCUUUCAAACUGAAGAAACCCUGCCUUGUCUACUCUUUUGGGAUAGGACAAGACUGGCGGUUUGAAGAUGAUGUUUAUGACUUUUAUAAGUGUAAAGUUCUCGCCUAUGAUCCAAGUAUAGGGAAAAAGGCACAUAACAGAACUGAUUUGAUACACUUUAAACCAUAUGGGUUAGGAGCAGUCACUGAUCAUUGGUCUAAAGGCUGGCCAAUGAAAAGCUUCCGUCAGCAUUUAAAGGAUGAAGGUCAUCUGAAGACUGUGAUAGACUAUGUGAAAUUCGACAUCGACUAUUGGGAAUGGGAAGUGAUCAAAAGUCUAACGAAGGACAAUAUCCUACAAUACGUUAAACAACUCGCCUUCGAAAUUCACCUUCUGCCUGUACCGAUUACUAAGAAAACGGACCGAACGAUCAAGAAAACCGAAUUUAUCGAAAAGUUUGAAAUAUUGAAAGCAUUGGAGGCAAUAGGGUUUAAAAAGUUUAAUUAUCGACUGAAUCCAUUUUGUGGGUAUACUUCGACCAUAACCGGAAUAGUCCGGUCGAAAUGUUACGAAUUACAUUACAUGAAUAUGGAUUUUGUAGAUACAGAGCAUCUAGAGAAAAGACAGGGUCACUUCAUGAAUAAAACUUGAGUUUAUGAC